AUGUGGGAUUGUAGUGACUCAUACUAUAGCGAAUCAGUAGUUUGUUACUUCCUGGUUCCCAUUGGUUAUCCCAGUGUGUGAUAUUAACUAUAAAAUUCAACUAUCUUCACAUACCCUUAUAUAAACUAAUAAGUAAACUGAUCUUGUCAAAGUACAUGUAUAAUGAAUAUCAUCUAAUUGUGUGUGCGUUCUAUGAUCAUGAAAAGAAAUUGGAGAUAAGUGCAAACUUAUCAGUUCAUUAAAUAAAGUAAAUGUCCUUUAUUGAUCUCUUUGUUGUCAGGGCUAAAAUUAAGAGUACAUGCUAUGAAUAAUUUUUUUACAUAGUAAACAACAAAUAUCAUAGUGCCAAUAACCAUACAACAACCGAUCUGUUACAUUUUCCACAUUACUCACCACUUUGGCUGUUCAUCUUCUGUUGUAUGCGACGAAAUAGUUUAUUUCUUGUAAAUUAUGACUGUUUUUUCAAGUACUUCUGUGGUGAAUACUACUUAUGCUGAUAGACAUAAGUAAUAAUGUAGAUGACUCAGCGACUAUUUGUCGAGCUGGCGUUGGACGUCCAGGGUACUGGGUUGACAUCAGAUUUAGAUAGCCCAAUAGAUCAACAGAGCUACGGUUACCAGAGCUCCAGAAUACUCGACAUUUCGACGGGGAGCGUGGCACAAACUACGAAAAACAAGAAAGUGGCAUGGCAAGCAACACAACUUCAGGAGAGACCGUUCAAAAGGAGGACGAGUUUGGUGUAUGCUACUUAUACUGACAGCUAUAAGUAUUAUGUACCAGCAAUCGGAAGUGAAACGCCUGCAAGCAGGAGAUUGUAUUGAACAUAACAGGAAGAGAAAUAGAGAACAAUCAUAAUAACAACAAAAUUGGAAGAAUCAUGAAGCAUGUACAAGACAACUGGACGAAAUUGUACAAAUACUGUAUUUAAUGUAUGAUUUUCACUUUUUAUUACUUCUUAUCGGUGAUUCAUGUGUUGGCAAAACUUCAUUAUUAAUCCGUUUUAAAGAUGGUAUAUUCAUAAAAGGUAGUUAUAUUUCAACUGUUGGAAUUGAUUAUAAGACAAAAACAGUAAAAGCUAAUGAUCAAUUAGUUCGUUUACAAAUAUGGGAUACAGCUGGACAAGAGAAAUUUCGUAGUUUAACAAAAUCAUAUUAUCGUGAUACUAAUGCUGUACUACUUGUAUAUGAUAUAUGCAAAAUGGAUUCAUUUAGUAAUAUAAAAUCAUGGAUGAGUGAAAUCAAUGCAAAUAUACAAUCGAAUAGUAAUAAUAAUAAUAAUAUACUUAUUAUAUUAGUUGGGAAUAAAUUAGAUGAAGAAAAAAAUCGUAUGGUGACUAAAAAAGAAGGUGAACGUUUAGCUCAACAAACGGAUGCAUUAUUCUGGGAGACAAGUGCUAAAACUGGGGCUAAUGUCGAUUCAAUGUUUCAUUGUAUAGCUGAACGUUUACUAGAAAUUCAAACACCAAUGUGUACCAUUUCACCAACGAAUUCAAUUCAACAAUCAAAUGGUUAUUCAACAACUAUCAAUGAAAUUCAUAAUUCAAUAUCAUCAAAUCAAUCAUCGAAAUCACAAUCAUUUAAAUUAAACCAUUCAACCAAACCAUUACGUAAUUGUUGUUCUAGUUAAAUAGAAGAAGAAGAAGAACAACAACAACAACAACAAGAACAACAAUGUAGAUUGAAUCGAAUUUCCUUAGUUUCAUCUAUACUGAAUGUAAAUGUAAAUGAUUAUUAUCAUUAUCAUCAUUAUUAUUAUGACUCUUAUUACAAUAAAUUAAGUAUAAUUCAGGAUGUUUCAUUGAAUAAGAGACUCCUAUUUCUUUUUCACGGUUUAUACAAAACAAAAACAAAAAAAAAGAAAAGAAAAAAAGAAAAUAAACAAACAAACAAACAAAUAGAAAUUGUACGUGGUGGAUUAAUUCAAAAUUACCGGAAGUUUGUAUUCAAUGUAUUCAAUGUUUUAUUCUUAUUGUUGUUGUUAUCGUUGCUGUUGCUAUUAUUAUUCAAUGUUUAUUGUAAUUUAAUAUUCAUUAUUACGUUACUAUCACACACAUAGGGGGAGAGACAUACACACAGGGGGGGGCUAGAGACACACACAAACAAGCUAUAUAUAUAUAUAUCUGUUUGCAUUCCAUAAGGAAAUACAUUCAUUGAAUGAAAUUAGAGUUGAUUAUUACUCAAACUAAAGAGAUGACAUAAUUAUUUUUGUUUUUUUUCUUUUCUUUUCUUUCUUUUCUUUUCUUUUCUUUUUUUAGGAAAAGUAACUUAUAAUACACUUUCUUAUUUGUAUAUGUAUAAUUCAUAGAAAUACAUAGCUGUGUGCUUAAUGUAUAUUUUACAUAAAUGUAACUACUAAUAUACAAUCAUAUUGUACUUUAC